CGAUUGUGCUGAAGGGUGUGUUCUCCCCUCCCUUUCAGUUAUUGCCUCUGUGUUCUGUGCAUGAGACUCUGUCUAUGAGGGGAUAAACUCAUCUGAUUCGAAAGAGCACCCCUUCUUUGAAGAAGCAACCCCUCUAGCCAAGUUGUUUCACAGAAUAUCUGCCUUUAUGUUUAUGUUGGUUCAUUAAAAGGCAUUUCAUCCGAUCCAACAAUAUUCCACUGGGACACUGACAAUGUUUCCUUGGGCACUGAUUUUCUUCAUAGUGGGAGUGGCAACACAAGCACAAGCAUCCAGAGAUAACAAGGGAGUUUGCUCCAGGCAAGUGGAAAAAAUCCCAGUUUUGCACAAUGAGACAUUUAUUCAACCAAAGUAUCAGCCAUUUCUGACCACUUGCCAAGGAUACCGAGCCUGCAGUAAAUACAGGACAAUAUACACAGUAUCUGUUAGGCAAGUGAAGAAGGAACUUCUGAGGGUUAGAACAGUAUGUUGCCUCGGCUGGAGGAAGAAAGAACCAACUUCAGAGGAUUGUGAGGAAGCUUUGUGCCACAAGCCAUGCCAAAAUGGAGGGACCUGCGUCAAGCCUAACAUGUGCCGAUGCCCUGCAGGGUGGGGAGGGCGCUACUGCCAUGUAGAUAUAGAUGAAUGCAGACGCCCCUCUCAGCCUUGCCCUCAGCUGUGCAUUAACACUCGGGGUAGUUUCCUCUGUGAAUGCCAACCAGGAUUUACUCUUGGAGAAGAUGGAAAGUCCUGCACUAGAAAUAAGGCGCCUUCUCAACUUCCUGCUCAACAAGCGGAAGAUGCUUCACACAGGCUUUCCAAUGAAAUCCAAGACCUACGCAACCUUGUUGAAUCCCUAGAACAGCGACUAGACAGCACCCUCUCAGCCGUGCAACGUCUAUUUCCAAUGAAACUGUCAGAAAUCCGCUCAGACCAAGUACAUGAAUUUUGGGAGAGGAUCCAAAGUUUGGACCGAAUGGACUCUUUCAGUGAUCAGCUCAUGUUCAUGGAGGAAAAAAUGGGAGAGUGUUCGUGUCGUAGCAAUGAGAUUGAAAUGGCGGUCAACUUGAAGCGUUAAGCCUUAAAUCAUGUUCUUUUUAUUUAUACCCCCUGACAGCCCCUAUUUAUGACCCCUGUACUCACUAUUUAUGGCCCUUGUUUCUCUUUUAUAACAUAAUGCACACAAAUAAAUAUUAUUUCUACAAAAA